AUGGCGGAGGAGAUGGCACGGCGAGAGGCGGAGCACGCCGCUCUGGCUGCGGAAAGAGCGCAGCUCGCCGCGGCGAGCGCCGCCAACGAGGACGAGCGGCACGCCAUGGAGGAGGGUCGGAAGGCCUUGGAGGAGGCCCGCGCGGAGGUCGCGCGGGAGCGGAAGGUUCUAGAGGACGCCCGCGCGGAGGAGCGGGAGGAGGCGGCGGGGAACUGCGAGAGGGUGGCGGAGGCCCUCCAGGCCGACCUAGCUCACCAGAAAGGCGAAGUCGACCGGACCCGCUCCGAGCUCCAGCACUGGGCGGAGGAACUCCAGGACGUCGAUGGGGAUCUCCAACGCCGGGAGGAGGACGUCGCGCUCCAGGAGACCGACGUCGAGAUAACGGCGGCGGACUUGGGCGCCCGGGAGGACCUGCUGGCCCACCGGGAGGCGGAGGCUGCUGGGGCGGCGGCGGCCGCUACUGCUAGAGAGGAGCAGAUCACCAAGUCCGAGGCGGAGCUGGCCGCCCGUGAGCAAGCCUUGUCCGUCCUGGCGGGGCAGAUAUAUGUAAAGAAAUAA